UAAGAGGAUUUUUAGAAAAGGUAAUAUGGUACCCAAAAAAGUUAACUUCUUGGCUGAGAGUGUUUGUUUUCUCAAUUCUUCAAUAUUUCAAGGAUGUAAACACUGGCCGUAUGAUAUAUAAUACAAUGUCCAGUCCUUAUAGAGUAUUACCACAGGAUAUUAGUAUCUAUAUGUACCAUCACUUUCAUGUCGUGUACAGGUUCACACAUGUCGAUUUAUAGUUGGUGUAGUAAAAAUAUCGACGAGAUUUGCCUUGACUGGCAUUUUGAUAUGUUAACGCUUCUAUCUAUAAAAUAUCAGAACCUCGCCUAAAUUAAUAUCGUUACUCUCAGGACAGUCCCAAAUCCCUCACCACCAGGGACGGUGAUGAUGGAUUAUUUUAUCUGGUCUGGUAUGUUUUGUAUGGAAGUAUAAAGUUGACUUUGUAUCUGUGGAAUAUUAACCUUUUCCAGAUAGACCAUGAUAACCCUCUCUAAGAAACUGAAACAACCCCCAGACUCCCCCAAAAACAAGAAAAUCCAAGACGAUAUCACAAAGAGAAUAUCUAUACGUGAUAAACUUUUAAUAAAAGAGGUUCAAGAGAUGGAGGAAAACUUACCCAAAACGUGCUCCGUAAACUUUGACGAUCCCAACAAACUGCAUAUAUUUACACUGACUAUUGUGCCAGAUGAAGGUUUCUGGAAGAGUGGGAAAUUUAAAUUCACGCUUGAUAUACCAGAAGAGUAUAACAUUGUACCCCCUCAAGUAUUGUGUAACACAAGGAUAUGGCACCCAAACAUCAACGAAGACGGAGAAGUUUGUCUAAGUUUGCUACGUCAAAAUUCAUAUGAUAGCCUGGGAUGGGCACCAACCAGACGGCUAAAGGACGUAGUCUGGGGGUUAAAUUCAUUAUUUUCAGAUUUAUUGAAUUUUGAUGAUCCUUUAAAUGUUGAUGCUGCAGACCAUUAUUCUAGGAACAAGGAGUCCUUUAAAGCCAAAGUGAGAGACUAUAUACAGAUGUAUGCCACCAGGUGAUAGAGGUCGACAGCUUAUUGACCUCCUCUUAGUGCCACCAGUGUGACUUCAGUGUAGGGUUCACAGCGUUACAGAGGAACACCGCAGCGCAGGCUUUUUCUGGCAAUGUUUCCUCGUAUAGGAAAGUACAAGAUUUUCCUCAAUCCAUGAAGAUGAUUGCCAUUAAAAAGAAUUAGAGUAUUCUGUUCCUCUCCUUGAUCAGCUGUUACCUACACACCGAAAUUAACAUGUCUAAUAUAUGCUUGUAUUCUUAAACUGAUAUAGUCUUUUAUGUAUGCAGACAGUAUUACCAUUGAAAUGCUUUUAAAAAACAUUUCUGGUGUAAAUGUCUGAUUGACUGUGGCAUUGAAACGAUCACUUUGACAGACGUUGGAUUUCACAUGCAGGGUUUUAAGAUUCCCAUUUUGGAAAUGACAUGAUUAUUUUGCCCAGGUGGGAAAUGACGUAGAAUUGUUAUCAAAUAUUUAAUCUAUUAUAUGAAGAAGAUGGCAUAUUUUGUUAUUACUAAAUCAUAUUCAGAACACUUUUGCAAAUGUAAUUUAGGUAAAACGUUUAAGGAAUUAACAAGAUUUUUUUUCUUUGUUUUGUUGCUGACGUUUAUGAAAUUCCACUAUGCAUUUGUAUUGACUGCCAGGAUUUGUUCUGUACAAUGCAUGUGUAUUGACUGUCAGCAUUUGUUCUGUACAACGUACAGAUACUGUGUCCUAAACUAUAGAAGAGCUGCUGUUGUUGAUACAAUGUACAUUAAUUUUGCAAAAAAGUUAGAAAUUUUAAUAUGCAACAUUUUCAUUUUAUGGGUAUUUUUAAGGGUUUUGACACCAGUGAUUUCUCAUUAAUUACAUAGAAUCAGAUUUCUGCUGUCUAUUCCUAUUCAUAAUAGUAUGUACAGUGUACAAGUUAAUUGUGACAUUCUAGAAAGAUAGAUUUACUCAGUUUAGAAGAGUAUGAAUUUUUUUAAUUUUUUUUCUCAAGAUACAUGACUAUGGUACUUAUCAUUUCCUGGGGUUUUUUAAAGACAAUUUUACACUAUUACAAUCAGAAAAUGCACCCCUCUGAAAAUACUUUUCAAUGAAAAAGAUUUUUAGAUUUCAUUAAUUCUGUGUAAUUUGAUUAUUUAUUUAUGACCUACGGUGACUAAAAUAGCAGAGAGAGAGAGAGACGUACCUUGCUUGUUGAAUAAAGAGACAGUACUAUUAGAAGUUAAUAGUAUUUUAAAUGAUUGUGUAGAAAAUCACUUGGGAUAUGCUGCAGCCUCGUAUGAUACAAAGUCGGGUGUUGUUAAACAUGGUACUACUCAUGUUACAGAUUGUGAUGAGCAGUUUCAUUGUCAUAAAAUUCCACUCUGCAGUGUCUGUUAAGGACUAUAUAAAAAAUUGAUCCGCAUUAUAAUUCUCGUCGUCAUUUUGUAUAUCCCUCUCUACCAUGGAAAUGUUGAUCACAGGUAUUUCAAAAACCAAACAUGGAAAUAAAUUGGCCCACAUGGUUUCCAUGACUAAAAUGAAUUGUUCCUGAAACUGUGAUAAAGAUUUGUAUAGGUUGAUUUUCUAGUGUUAAUAUAAUUAAGAAAUAUAGAAGUCAUGUGACCAAAAUUUUGUUUGGCAUAUUUUAAAAUACCCCCACCCCACGCCCUCUCCACGUGCCCAAGUGUAAGUGUGACGUUUUCAUCUAACAUCAAUUUUUUUAUGUAGUCUUCAAGGUAUUUUGAAUUUUAUUUUAUAUUUCCCCCUGUUUUACAUUGAAUGUGUAUCUUGAGAACUUUCAUUUUCUGUUAUGGGGAUUGUUAUGUGAUUAAAUGCAUGCACUUUUAGGAAUCUAUAUUCAGGGUGAAGUCAUUAGUACUCUGAAUUAUGUUUAAUGCAUUUCAAGGUACUGUAGAUCACCUUUAUUUCGUGAGACCUAAUUUUCGCGUGUUUACUAUAGUCAAUAGUGCAUUUAUUCACACGAAAUAACUUUCACAAAUCGUUAUUGCUUAAAUCUUCUAUGCCAUUGUGUACGAGUUUAUCCAUGAGAAAUCAAAUUUACCGAAUUGCAAGUCUCGCAAAAUUACGAGUAAAUGAUGUUCUUGCGAAUAAGAUGUGAUUUACAGUAAUUUGAUGGUUUUGAAAUAUUGAGAAUAAGACAUACAAAACUGAUUAGAGGGAGACCAAUAUCCGUAAAGAAAUAAGGUUAUCAAAUCCACAGAAAAAGGCAGUAUGACAAUGCAAUAUCUGGUUUCUAUUUAUAUUGCAGACUAUUGUUGUGAUGUUUGCAAACCGCUGUUACCAGGGAUUAUCAUAGGCUAAAAUAUUAUUAUCUUAUCUAAUGCUGUGUGGUUCAUGGUCAUCUAUCUAAUGCUGUGUGGUUCUUGGUCAUUUAUGAUUUUUUGUACUAAAUCACUUUUAAAGCAGAUUAAUUAGUUUUAAAGUUAUUAAGUUUCCCUUAAUUACAUGCUUGAAAACAUUUGCAUGUUAAAGAAAUCAGUGAGAAGAUUAUUUAAAAAGUAAAUAUAUUGGGUAUGCGUAAAUUACAUUUGCCGCUUGUAAAAUCUGUUUAACAUCUAUAAAUAGCCCCAAACGCAUCAAGGUAAUCCCAUCAUGAUACAGUAUAUAAUUUGGACAGAACUGUCUAAAUUUAGGUCUGAAAGAGCAUAAAACAACAAAUUACUAGGAGCGUAUUAGAUUUUUUUUAUUAUUUUUUUAAAAUACACAGAUAAGACCACUGUUGGUCUCUUUUCUCUGAACUGGACACAUGAUUCGUGCAUUAGAAAUGGCCGAGUGACAGUUGUUUGUAAACACGGAUUUAAAAAUCAGAUAAUUCUGGUUAACACAUGUGAAGUAAUGUAUGACAUGUCUUACAGCCUCUAACAUGAAUGUAUAUGUGCAAUGAUUUAACAGCGUUUUUACAAGAUGGGAAAAAUUGUCGAAAUUUGGACCAUACAACUUUAAUUUAUCCCAGAUGAUAGACUGAGUCGUGCUAUCUGCAUAAAGUUGAAUUAUUCGUUUGUUUUAUGUGAUAUUGAUUGGAUGUUUACAAUACUUCUGAAGUGUUUGGCUAAAUUAAUGGUUUCAUUUAUACAGAAAAAUAUCUUUGGUCUGCUGUCUAAUGAAAAAUAUCGUCUUGCUCUUAAUCUUAAUACUGGAACAUUAAAGAAUCAUUUUUAAACAAUCAGACAAACCAAAUACGCACAGACAAACAAACCAAAUACACAGACAGACAGACAAACAAACAAACCAAAUACACAGACAGACAGACAAACCAAACACAGACACAGAUGUAUUUUGUUUGGCUAUGCCUAUUUGCCAAUCAUAAUGUACACCUGUGAUACCAGGCAGUUUAUAGCCAGUCACAAGAUUGUCACAAACCUGUUCCACAACGAUGAAAAUGAAGCUGGUUUCAUUAUGCGUAUAAAAAUCUUGUAUUCACCACCCAAACCUCCCCAAAUCUUUGUAUUGUAAGUAAAAACAUCAUACUAAUCACAUGGACGAGGUUAUUAACAGAAACUGAUAUUUUGUGCUUUGUGUCUUAUUUUUAACUGAAGUCUGUCGGGAGUAAGUUUUAUUUUAUUUUUGCUGCCAUUAUUGAUUGUGUAGACUUGCUGUUAUGCAGUUUAUUGAAGUGGGGGGUAUACAGAGUUGCUGUGAUUUUCAAGGUUAUAUAAUGCAUAACAAUAAAUGUUGAAAUAAUUCAGGCAAAGCCUAAA